GGGAGCGGGAGGGGCGGGCAGGGCGGCGGCGCAGGCCCAGACCCCGGCUGACCUAGAGGAGGUGGCAGACCUGAGCGCCUGCUGCUGUGGGCCACACAGGCUCCCGGGAAGCGUCUCCUGCCAAGCCGAGGCUGACCUUGGCCUGCUGCACUCCCAGCCACCCCGGGGGCAUGCCCCCGCCGCACCCCGACCUCAGGCCGCUCCUCACACCAGACUGAGGACUGACCCACGGCCCAGCGCUGCUCCCUAGGGCUGUAGCCCCGCAACCAGCCAGUGCACCCCCGUCCUAGCCCUGGGCCUUCGCCAUGGUGAAGUUGCUGCCAGCCCAAGAGGCCGCCAAGAUCUACCACACCAACUACGUGCGCAACUCACGCGCCGUGGGGGUGAUGUGGGGUACGCUCACCAUCUGCUUCUCGGUGCUGGUCAUGGCCCUCUUCAUCCAGCCCUACUGGAUAGGCGACAGUGUGAGCACGCCGCAGGCUGGCUACUUUGGCCUGUUCUCCUACUGCGUGGGCAACGUGCUGUCCUCGGAACUCAUCUGCAAGGGGGGCCCUCUGGACUUCUCCUCCAUCCCCUCCAGAGCCUUCAAGACCGCCAUGUUCUUCGUGGCCUUGGCCAUGUUCCUCAUCAUUGGCUCCAUCAUCUGCUUCAGCCUGUUCUUCAUCUGUAACACAGCCACUGUCUACAAGAUCUGCGCCUGGAUGCAGCUGGCGGCAGCCACGGGCCUGAUGAUCGGAUGCCUGGUCUACCCGGACGGUUGGGACUCCAGCGAGGUGCGGCGCAUGUGUGGUGAGCAGACGGGUAAAUACACACUGGGCCACUGCACCAUCCGCUGGGCCUUCAUGCUGGCCAUCCUCAGCAUCGGGGACGCCCUCAUCCUCUCCUUCUUGGCAUUUGUGCUGGGCUACCGGCAGGACAAGCUCCUGCCUGAUGACUACACGGCAGAUGGGAAAGAGGAAGUGUGAAGCGACUGAGGGCUGGCGAGCAAUUCUUCUGGCGGGCAUUAUUUCCCUGGCAAGGAAAGCUAGGACUUGGAUCCUCCAGAGAUGAAAUCUUUCCCUCCACUUCCUGUUCUCAGCUCUUCCAGGUCUGGGGCCCAGAGUCUCAGCACAGCGCAGGGUCCCUGUCUCCUUCUGUCCACAGACAACCGUGCGCGGUUGACAGCCGCUACGGAAGUGCAGCGAGCCACAUGACGACAUUCGGGCUGAGGGCCACGGGGGUGCACACCCGAGACCAGGCUCCGUUCCUAGCUAGCGAGCCCCUCCAACAAGCCACUUCAUCUUUGGCCUCUCUGCUUGGGAGCCUGUGUCUAGGAGCCUGAGCCUUGCGACUCUGGCCAAUAGUGAAGAAAUGGCUGGAAGCUGGGCUCAGCAGGGGCCCUCUGCUUCUCCCUUGUUUUCGUGUUGCUGCUCAGAGGAGGGUGAGGGAAGGAGACCCAGCAUAGUUGAAUUUGACUUCUCAUGGGAACCCAAACUCACACUUCUGCAGUGCUCCAUCCCGGAGCUGGCUCCAGAAAUUUGCCGUUGAUAAGAAAGCAAAAUUUCACACAACUAUGUAGCAUUUUUAUGAGAAACGUGGGUUUUGACGUAUCAGGUGGGUGAUCUUCGCUGGCCUCAGAUUAGGUGACAGUUCACGGCCACACUACUCCCUGUUAAUUUCCUUCAGGGAAUGAACCUGAGAAACAGGAUCCGGGCUCCUCCCAUUUAGGACAGGUGCCUGGCGGUACCACCAGGGUGCUGAGGAGCUAGGGUGAGCAUCUUAGUGUCCUGCUGGUGAUGGAGGGCUGGGAAGGCAGCUCAGGGGAUACAGUGCCUACCUAGCAUGUACGCAGCAGGUGCCACUGUCCUCAGCGCUGGGGGGAAACGACAGAGAAACUACCGUAAAGGGAUUUGAUCUUGUCACAUGGUCCACAGCAGCUGGUUUUUAGCAACGACCACGCUAGUGAAGGUUUUCAGCUCGUGACCAGGCCCUUGUACUGCGGAAGCCUCCUGAUGACAGCUGGGCACCUGGGCAGCACAGCACCCUCCCUCCCCGUGUGCACCAUCCACAGUGGACUCCUGGAGGGCCAGGUUGCCGGGGCCGCUCCACCCUCAAGUUCUUCGCACUGAUGACGACUGUGGUGAUCCAAAGAAGCUCCUGGGCUGUGGGGUGCACACCUCUUUGGGGCAGAGACAGUGGGUUUCCCCAGAACAGUCGGGUUUAAACAUGGCCAGUAUGAGAGAGAACUUAAGCCCACCAAUGCCCCAGAGAAUCACAUUUGCUCUAUCUUAAAGGAGACAGACGCCAACCUCACCAACAAUGAUUCUGGUUCUGCUUGCAGCUCUUUUCAAGUGGCUUCACCUUUAAAUCCUCACACACCUCUGACACCAUUCUUUUUUGAAAAUGUGCGGAAUAAAAAUCAGUGAAACGUA